AUGAGCUCGAACCCUCCUCAGUCGGGCACCCAAGGACAAAGCACCGCUACUCCCGCCGCUUCGACCCAGCCCGCAACCUCUACCCCCCUGGCUGCCACCCAGGCGCCUACCAUAUCCUACGCCAACGCAACUAAAAAGUCCGCGACGGAUUCUCCCGCCGCACCCGUCACCGUGGGCGGUUCAGCGCAACAUGGGCAGUCGAGCUCCGUAUCUACUGUGAACGGCAAACCCAUGCAACCCCAACAGUCUGCCUCUUCGGGCGUGACCAUUGUCAAUGGAGCCCCAACCGCUCCAGCUGCUUCCUCCGAUCACUCUCGCAAGCCCUCUGUGACCAUCACCUCCAGCGGCACCUCCGGCUAUAUGCCCAACGGCGGCGGCCCAGCCAGUCGGCCCAACAGUCUGCAGUUCGGAUUCCAGCAGAGCUCUCCCAACAUGGGUGCUCCCGCUGUGCCUGCCUCGACCCAGGCGCAGGCUGGACUCGGUGCCCCUUCGCCCAACCCGCGUGUGACGUCCCCUCAGACCUCCCCUUCGCCUAUUCCCCAGCCCGCUUCCAGCGGCGGUCGUCCACCCCCAUCGACCUACCAGGCGCAAGGAAAUGUGCCGAACUUCGGUAGCUUCGGAGAGUCUGGUGAUGCUAACGCCUCUGCUGCACACGGUGCUCAACACUUGCGUCGCGAGUCUUCCCAGUCCACCCACAGCGACCACAUGGGCAGCGGACGCUCGGGCUACCCUCCCCAGGGUGGCCGCGGUCGUGGAUACUCCCAGUCCGGCUACCAGGGACAGCAGAUCCCCUACUCUCCUAACCCCGGUUUCCGUCAGACUCCCAACCAACCACGAGCCGGUCCUAACAUGGGUCCCCAAUUCCACGGUCCCAACCAAGGCCGUCCGUUGGCUCCUUACCCGAACUCGCCUCACCAGGCCAACCGCAGCCCUGCUCUGGCCAACGUCAACCCGACCACUCCUCAGAUGAACCCGGUCCCGAUGGCACACCCCCAAAUGCCCCCGCAGCCCUAUGGCUACGGCCAACACAUGGGCCCUCAAGCUGUGAGAUCUCCCCCUUCCCGUUCUUCCCGGAAUGAUCCCCGACGUGGUACUCCAAGGAACCUCAACAGCAAUUGGAGGCGCAAGGAGAAACCUACAUACUCUCCUGAGUGUUCCGUGGACCUUGCGCCCGAAAGCGGCCAAUUUGAACAAAUUCUGACAAUAGUGAAAAAUCAACAGUCUUAUCCCGGCGGCUACGAUCCCAACUACGGCACUUACUACCAGAAUGGCGCAUACUUCAUGACCCCGCCAUCCCCCCAGCCUCGCGCCGCUGGCAUGCCCUACAAUCCUCAGUUCAUGGGACAGCAAUACCCUGCCCCUAUGCCUCAGGCGGCCCCCCUCUCGCGUACCCCCUCCCAGGUCUCUACUGAUCGUCCAGGUUCGAGCCUCGGUCAAGGACCGGCACCCACCGGUCCUACUGCUCCCAGUCACACCCACACUGGCAGCCGUCCAUCCAACAGCCCUGCCCCUAAGCCCCACUUCAUCAUCCCCUCAGCUAAGAAGAGCCCAAUCAUCAUCAAGGAUCCCAACAGUGGCUCAGUCAAGACCUUCGAAAAGAACCCCGCCUCUCCUGCACGUGCUACCCCUUCGCCCGUGAAGUUCACUCCGCCCCCCACAGGCACUCCCCCACCUCGCACUGGCAGCGCCGCCGAGCACACUCGCACCGACAGCAAGGCCAACGCUGCUAAGACCGACGAGGAGAAGAAGCAGGAACUGAAGGAUGCCGUUCGUUUGAAGAUCCAGCAGGAUGAGGCUGAGCAGAAGCAGCGUCUCGCUGAUGAGGCCGCUCGCAAGGCCGCGGAAGCUGAGUCCACCGAUGCCAAGAAGGAUGACACCGAGUCUGCCCGGGCUGCCAUCGAGGACAUGAGCAUCAAGGACAAGGCCGCUCCCGUCGAGGAGCCCAAGAAGGAUGUUCCUGUCGAGGAAACCGAGAAGGUCGCCGCCGCUGAAGAGCCCAAGACUGCCCCUGCUCCUGCCCCUGCUCCCGAAGAAGACGAGAUUGACUUCGAUGCUAUUGAGCGUGAGAUGGCUGAAAUUGAAGCCAAGGAGCGUGAGGCCGAGGAGAAAUACUACCAGGCCAAGAAGGCCAAGAAGGAGGAAGCUGAACGCAAAGAGCGUGAAGAGCUUGAGAACUACGAGGCUAACAUGAAGAAGGCUGAGGCUGAGGCUGAGGCCCGCGAACUUGCCCGCGAGAACGCUCGUGCCCAAGGCGAGACCGGACCGGAAGAGAACAAGGAUUUGUUUGCCUCACUCAAGAAGGGUGGAUUCAGUGCUACUCAGACUUCCACUCCUGGCGAUAGCGGUGCUGCCACUCCUGUUUCAUCAGACAUGGGACCUCCAGCCAAGCCCCUCAGUGCUGUGCCCAAGAAGCCCGCUGGCCUCAAGAUUGAUACCCCCAAGCCCGCUGAGCCCCUGCAGCCUACUCCCGGCAUGAAGUCUCUGCAAAAUGCCAAGUUCCUCAAGGAUCUUAGCAAGAUCACAUACCCAUCAUCCAUCAAUCCUCCCAGCGCUGCUCUGAACGCCGCUGCACCCGAAGGCCGUAAGUUCCACUACGACCGGGACUUCCUGCUUCAAUUCCAGGCCAUCUUCAAGGACAAGAUCUCCGUGGAUUGGGACCUUCGUCUCCGCGACACAGUUGGCGAUGCCAACGACUCUUCCCGUCCUCAGUCAGCCCGCACUCCCAGCAUGGGUGGCCGCGGUUCCCGUGGCGGCGCUAUGAGUAACUUCCCUACUGCCAUGGGCAACUUCGCAACUAGCCGUCCCGGUCAAAUGCCACCUAUGGGUAGCGGACAGAUGGGCAACCGUACCGCAUCCGGCUUCGGAUUCGGACGAGGCGGCCCUGGUGGUAUGGGUCCUAUUGGUAACAUUCGCCAGAACUCUGCUGGUGUUUCCGCUCGUGGCAACUCUAGCAAGGGUCCUCGCACCGACAGCCGCCAGAACAAGAAGCACGGUGGCCGACAGGACGAGGCACAGAACAAGUCGAUGCCCCUUACCGCUGGUAUGGAGCUCAAGGCAAUUCAAACCACCGCAAGUGGUUGGAAGCCUCGCAGUGUUGGACAAGCCGCCGCUGGACCUGCUCCUGGUGGUGACACUGGCUACAUGGCACCGGAUGUCGUGCAGCGCAAGGUCAAGGCUGCUCUCAACAAGAUGACUCCGGAGAAGUUCGACCGUAUCUCUGGUCAGAUCCUCGAGAUUGUCUCCCAGUCUAAGGACGAGAGCGACGGUCGUACUCUGCGCCAGGUCAUUCAGCUCACUUUCGAGAAGGCUACUGACGAGGCUCACUGGGCUCCCAUGUACGCCAAGUUCUGUAAGAGCAUGUUGGAGAGCAUGAGCGCAGAGAUCAAGGAUGAGAACAUUCGUGACCGAUCCGGCAACGUUGUUGCUGGUGGAAGCUUGUUCCGCAAGUACUUGCUUAACCGUUGUCAAGAAGAGUUCGAGCGUGGCUGGAAGCUUAACCUGCCUGAAAAGCCCGAGGGCACUACUGAAGAGAUUGCCAUGAUGUCUGAUGAAUAUUACAUCGCGGCUGCCGCUAAGCGUCGUGGUCUCGGUCUCGUCAAGUUCAUUGGUGAACUGUACAAGCUUGGCAUGCUUACUGAGCGUAUCAUGCACGAGUGUGUCAAGAAGCUUGUGGAUUACGAGGGUAUUCCCGAUGAAGCCGAGGUUGAGAGUCUGACCAGUCUGCUGCGCACCAUUGGUGCCAGCCUCGAUGCCUCCGAGAAGGGCCCUGCUAUGAUGGAUGCCUACUUCGCACGUAUCCACCUCAUGAUUGAGAUCCCUGGCCUGCCCAGCCGUCUCCGAUUCAUGCUUCUGGAUAUUGUUGAUCUUCGCUCCGCACGCUGGGCCUCCAAGGACGCUGAUAAGGGUCCCCAGACCAUUGUUGAGAUUCGCGAGGCUGCUGCCCGUGCCGCACAAGCCGCCGAGGCUGAGCGCCAACGCCAGACCAACAACCGCGGAGGCGGUGGCCGCAUCCCCAUGGGUCGCGGUGACGCCCGCGGCUUCGGAUACGGAAACCAGGCUCCUCCCCCUGACUACGCCUCUAGCAAGGUUGGCAGUGAUGAUCUCCGCCGCCUUCGCGCGACUCGCAACACCAACCAGCCCAUGUCAUUCGGUCCCUCCAGCCUUCUCGGUUCGCGCACCAACAGCGGCCGCAAGAACCUCGGACCCGGUGGUAACCUGGUCCGUGGCAGUGACGACAGCGCUGCCAGCAGCCGCAAUGGCACUCCCCCCGGUGGCAAGAAGGAAGAUAAGGAAGCCGCUUCAUCUAUGAAUGCUUUCAGCGCCCUUGCUGCUCUUGAAGAUCGGGAUAACAUGGCAACCUCGCCUCCAUCAAACCCCACUUCCCCGAUGCUCACCAAGUCGCAGCCCGCGGCAGCGGAGCGUCGUCCCUCCCAAACCCCGUCUGUCAAGGACGGCGAGUCCGCAGCAUAG